AUGCCUACCUCAUCCACUGGUGCCAUCUACAGCAGUGACAGCCCUGGUAACAAGCUUCAGGCCGCCUCGGAUGGUUCUACUCGGCCAGCUAGUCUCGCCGGCAUCUCUGAUUGUCCCACCGAGAGCAUCGACCGUUUUCUAGACAAUCGCAGCAGCAGUAACCCCGGAAUAGUUGCUGAGUACCAGCGUCCGCCUAUCGAAUUGAGGGAGGCGCAAGAAGAAGCUGAGGCAGAGACGCAAGCGAGAGUUCGUAUGCUUGCUCAGUUGCAGGUUUUCGACAAACUAUUUGCCUUGAGUGGUGAUCGAAAAUCGUGA